UUUUAUAUUUUAGGUCACAGUGGAGUAAAUCAAUUGGGUGGAGUCUUUGUUGGAGGAAGGCCAUUACCAGACUCGACACGACAGAAAAUCGUUGAGCUCGCCCACUCCGGAGCUCGACCAUGUGAUAUUUCGCGAAUCCUGCAAGUUUCCAAUGGAUGUGUUAGCAAAAUUUUAGGCAGAUAUUACGAAACAGGAAGUAUUCGACCUCGUGCGAUUGGAGGCUCCAAGCCACGAGUAGCAACUGCAGAAGUUGUUGGCAAAAUCUCGCAAUACAAACGGGAAUGUCCUAGCAUAUUUGCAUGGGAGAUCCGCGAUAGAUUAUUACAGGAGAAUGUGUGCACAAAUGAUAACAUUCCAAGUGUAUCUUCGAUCAACAGAGUUUUGAGGAACUUAGCAGCACAAAAGGAGCAACAAAGUGCUGGAACAAGUUGUUCCAACACAAAGCUAAAUCCUAAUCCUAGUACGAGCCAAGGCAAUGCUAACAGCAGCGUUAAUAGCAACAGUAAUGGCAAUAGCAUGAGUGGCAAAAAUGGUGUUGGUGUUGGCCCUAGUACUACAAGCAACUCAAAUGAUCUGAUACAAACAGCAACACCGUUGAACUCUUCGGAAAGUGGAGGCGCUAGCAAUUCGGGAGAGGGCAGUGAACAGGAAUCUAUAUAUGAGAAGAUACGCUUGCUAAACACCCAACAUGUGCCGACGCUCGAUCCGCCCUUGCCGACACCAGCUGCGCCUCCAGUUAUUCACGAAGAACUGAUGACAAGUGUACCCAGUCAUUUUAGUCCGCAUCCGAUCCACACACAUAGCCAGCACCAGCAGCAACAUAACCAGCACCAACAACAGAAUUGGCAGUCGCGACAUUAUCCAACUGGGUCCUGGUAUGCCACUCCUUUGAAUGGUAGUGAAAUGGCUUCAUCAACAGGAGUGAUAUCAGUAACAGGGUAUAGCAAUGGACAUCCCAUCACUCCGCCAAGUGAUCUCAUCAACAUUGGUGCCCCAACCGUUCGCUUGGAUAAUUGUUCUAUUACAGGAGUCGAUGAUGUUAUGCUCAAAAAGG